AUGGAGCUGGUGAGCGGCCCCACACUGCAGGAGUGGAUGGCGGCGCGCUCGGCGGCGGGCGCGGCGGCCGCGGCGCCCGGCGCCGUCGAGCUGGAGAUCUUCCGGCAGCUGAUUACCGGCCUGGCCUUCAUCCACGCGCGGGGCAUCAUCCACCGCGACCUCAAACCCGCCAACAUACUGCUGGGCGCCGGCCCCGGCCCGGCCGCUGCCGCCACCCACGCCGCAGCCGGCCCGAGCCGGCUUGGCGCGCUCGCGGGGGUCUGCGUGAAAAUCGCAGACUUUGGGCUGGCCACCGCCGACUGGAUGCGGUCGUGGGGGCAAGCGGCAGGCCUUGCCGGCAGCAGCAGCGGCAGCUUCAGCGACUGGGGCUCCGGCCCCACCGACAGCGCCGGCAGCGCCUGCUGCCAGCACACGAGCGGCGUGGGCACUGCGUCCUACGCGGCCCCGGAGCAGCUGGGCGGCGGCAGCGGCGGCGGCGGCGGUGUCGAGGGCGGGGCGGGUGGCGGCGGCGGUGGGGGUUACUCGUCGGCGGUUGACCUGUGGAGUGCGGGGCUGGUUCUGAUGGAGCUGUUCUGCAGAUUCACCACAGGCAUGGAGCGUGCGGCCGCCUUUGCAGACGCCCGUCAGGGCCGCGGCCCGCCGGCGGCGCUGGAGCGGCAGCACCCGCAGGUGGCCUCCGUCGUGCGGCUGCUGCUGCACGCCGACCGCGCCCGCCGUCCGACGGCGCGGCAGCUGCUGGCCCACCCGCUGCUGUCGGCCAGCGGCCGGGACCCUUGGCUUGAAGGGGGCGGCCGCCCCGCGGCUGCGGGCUGCGCGGGAGCCGCCGGCGACACCCGCAGCUCGCAACGAGGGGAGGACGCAGCAGCGGGCGGCCUGCAGGCAAGCGCGCCGGCGGGCGCCGGCGCGGGCCCUGGCGCGGGGCGAGCCAUGUACCGAGGCGCGUGGCUGGGCGCGGGCGAGCUGGUGACGCUGCUGCUAGAAAGGGACGCUGAGGUGGCGCGCCUCAAGGCAGCGCUGGCAGGGCGUGAGCGGGGCCCAGCCGCCAUGGACGGGACGCGGGGAACCCCCACGGGCGCCUGCGAUGGCGGCGGCAGAGGUGUAACAUGA